CUUUGAAUCUCCUCCGAACGGGCAGUCGAGCCAGUUCUCAGUGGCUUCGCGUAUAGGCCACACUUUAUUUUAUUUGCUCGUGUCGCCACCCGGUUUGCUGGGCCCUUUGAGAAUUUUUCAAAUGACAGAAACUUUGAGCCCAGCUUAAUGUCAACAGACAAAAAGAUCUGUUGAUUUUCGGCAGUUGUCAAAAUUACACUUCAAAAAUCGUCUCAUUCAAAUUAAAGUGAUCCAUAAAAGAAAUGGAUCCUUCUACGGAAACAACGGUGACCUCAGUAGCCUCCUUAGAACUUAAAACGCGGAGAGCUCAAUUUCAAACUCAAACUUCAACUGUCGAUGCCAGAAGAAGACAUGCAGUGUGUGUACGCAGAGCUUUUAAGAAAUAUGGACCAAAAAAGAAUCCAAAUGUCAUUUUGGAUGGACUUAACAUGACAGUACCAAAAGGCACCAUAUACGGUCUUCUAGGUGCAAGUGGGUGUGGGAAAACGACUUUACUUUCCUGCAUCGUUGGUCGAAGACGCUUGAAUUCUGGUGAAAUUUGGGUUCUGGGGGGCCAACCUGGAUCCGAGGGAUCCGGAGUUCCAGGACCACGAGUAGGAUAUAUGCCUCAAGAAAUUGCUCUCUACGGAGAAUUUUCUAUAAGAGAGACCUUCAUUUACUUUGGAUGGAUUGCAGGCAUGACCACGGAACAAGUCGACAGUAAACUGGAUUUUUUAUUAAAGUUCCUGGAGCUGCCCUCUGAGAAUCGUUUCGUAAAAAAUCUUUCGGGAGGUCAACAAAGGCGAGUAUCAUUUGCAGCGGCAUUAUUGGCUGAUCCUGAAUUGUUGAUCUUGGAUGAGCCAACAGUAGGCGUAGAUCCUGUUCUUCGAAAAAGUAUCUGGGACCAUUUGGUACAAAUAACUAAGGAUGGAAACAAAACUAUUAUAAUCACAACCCAUUAUAUUGAAGAAACUAGACAAGCAGGAAUUAUUGGACUCAUGAGGGGUGGAAAAUUUCUCGCUGAAGAGUCACCUAAGAGACUUAUGGAAAUGCAUAGGCUAGACACGUUGGAAGAAGUUUUCUUAAAACUCAGUAGACGUCAAAAUAUGGGCCUUCGACGAAGAAGCAGUAUACUUGUUAGUGUGACCGGUGUGUCUCCAGAAGCGAAUGUAGAUGACGAAAUGAGUGGAGAGUUUGGUGAUAACGUCAGUAUUUCUAGUCGAAGAAAAAGUAUCGUUGUAACUGAGGAAGAAAUCGCGGCAGUACUUCCCCCAGCAGAAGUAGGAGGAAAAUCGAAAUUCAAAAUGCUCAAUCCAACACACAUGAAGGCUUUAAUAUGGAAAAACUUCCUUUGGAUGUGGCGGAAUGUUGGAAUUAUGCUUUUCAUCAUUGGUUUACCAGUUCUACAAAUAAUCCUAUUCUGUGUUUCGAUUGGUAAAGACCCUACUGGAUUAACAUUAGCGAUAGUGAACAAUGAAUUAAUUGACAGCAAAGAACCAUGUAUUCCUACGGUUGGUUGCAAUUGGACACGAUUAAGUUGUAGAUUUCUAGAACAUCUUCAAAAGCGAGAGGUUCAAUACUUGCCAUAUGAUACAGAUGGAGAAGCGAGAUAUGCUGUAGAAAAGGGCUGGGCUUGGGCUGCCCUUUCAUUUACAGCCAAUUAUUCUGAAUCUCUGAUGGAUAGGCUUGAAUUGGGCAGCACCGCCGACAACGAGACUCUUGUAUUCUCUGAUUUGAAUAUAGUCAUGGACAUGUCCAAUCAACAAAUUGGCCAGCUUCUUCAAAGGGAUAUUCUGUAUUCUUAUCAAGAUUUUGCUAAAGAAGUCACUGUGGCUUGCAAUUACAGGGCAAAAUUCACUGACAUACCGAUAGACUUUAGAACUCCAGUAUAUGGUUCGAAAGAUCCUAAUUUUACGGACUUUGCCGCUCCUGGAGUUAUACUGACAAUUAUUUUCUUCUUAUCUGUUGCACUGACUUCAGGAGCCAUGUUAUUAGAAAGAAACGAAGGAUUACUUGAAAGAAGUUUAGUUGCUGGUGUAAGUGGUACUGAAAUUCUUUUUGGACAAGUCGUCACGCAAUUUGUUGUGAUGACGGGUCAAACAGUAAUGGUUUUGAUUGUCGCUUUCGCUGUUUUUGACAUCACAUGUGAAGGAGAUCUUGCUUGGGUGACAACUCUCACAAUUCUCACUGGACUGUGUGGAAUGUGCUUUGGUUUCGUGGUGGCAUGUUCUUGUGAAAACGAAAGGAGUGCUACCUAUAUGGCUAUGGGAUCCUUUCUACCAAUCGUCAUGUUAUGUGGAAUCAUUUGGCCAAUCGAAGGCAUGAACCCAAUCUUGAGAUACAUCAGUUAUCUUCUACCUCUAACGAAAAGUACAGAAUCAUUUAGAUCUAUGUUAGCCCGAGGUUGGUCAAUUUCAGAACCUACAGUUUACGAAGGAUUUAUUGCUACUUUCGUCUGGAUUAUCAUCUUUCAAACAGUCGCAAUUUUGUUGAUUAAGUUUAAGAAGGGUUGAAGUUUUAAAAAUGUGUACUUUUUAACUUGACGAUUGAAUUCCGAAUGCCAUUGUAAUGACUUGUAAAGUAAAAUUCAUUUUUAUGAUGGAUUUAUUAUUCUAAUGACGAUAUUUCUUGUAGAUACAUGUAAUUAAUAACUACCUGAGGAUAUUCUAUACUCUAGAGGAAAGUUUUGUUGAGUAAAAUAUAGAAUCUUCUUCAAACUUGAGGUAGAUAGGAAAUUAUUUGUAAUCCUUUGAAGAAAUGUUUUAGUUUUAUUUUAUAUGCCAAUAAUGAUUUGCUCAAUGCGAUGUAAUAUAUUUAUUCCUAUUUUUAUCUGAAUUCAUGAGAAGACAAUUGUGUAGUAUAUGAAAUAUUGUCUGAGACAAUUGUAGGAAACAGGGGUUUGUUGCUCAACAUUUUCGAUGUUAAUGACGUAAAGAUUGGAUUCUUAAUUUUAGCGACACAGGAAAGAAUACUUAAGUUAUCUAGGUAAUGUAAUAAUGAUGAUUAUAAUAAUACGUAUAUGAUAUUAUAAUUUUAGUGAUUGCUCUCUUGAAUAAGAUAGUUUCAGUAGAUCAGUAUAUUUAUGUAUUCUAAGUUUUUGUACAGUUGAUGGCAAAUCUAACCUUUUUUUCUUCUCUAAAG